AGCAGCCGUCCGGGUCUUGAACAGGAUUCAGGCCGCAAUCUCUACUGCGUGCGAGGCCAAGCAACUGAAGCACGAUGCCGUGCUGUGGUGCCGGUGCGAUCCGUCGUUACAAGUGGUCGAAGCGGACAUUUACGGGCACUUGCUCGACAUCAAGACCGCUUUGGAAACGGGCAUGAUCGCGGUCAUUUUCAACCCACCAGCGGCCAUUCUGAACGCUCUCCAUGCGGUUCUCAACGCGGACUAUGCAACAGCAACGGCCGAUCAGGGACAGCAGUCCAUCACAACUACCAUCAACCACGACUGCUUGUAUGAGGAAGUGCCCAUUCACCUGGACGCCAGGAUUGUGCUGGUGUCCGAAGAAAGUGAAAUUCGAAAGAACUAUCACCCGGCGAUUCUAAGUCGCGUGAGCAUCCUGCAUCCAAACGAAGCAAUCGCACCCGCACGUCAUGCAAAUGCGAACGAGGGGGAGGGAGCCGCGACCUCGUUGGUUCGGUCGCCACCGCUGUCGCCGGAAGCAUUACUUUUCCGUCACGCACAGAGCGAGAAGCUUGAAGGCGGUCACAGUAAAAAUAGCUCUCCGGCUAUUGAUCUCACCGCUCUGAUGCGGAACAGCACCGAGGAGCUGCUGUCGGUUUUCUCCGCAAUCGAAAUGUCCUUAGACCAGGUGUUAGCCCGUUCCACAGAGACAAACCCCCUUACUUCGAUAGUCGUCACGCGAGGAUCGACGACCAGAUACUUUGCGCAGCAACCGCAGGUUCAGUAUCUCCAGGUCAUGGGGUGCGGCAGCCGGGCCAAGUUUGAAAGUCGAUUCCGCGAAAUGCGAUCGCAAUCUGAUGUUGUUGCGGUGGACAUGUACGGCAGCUCCCUGCUGCGGACACUAGAUUUCUUUCUGAGUCUCGGAGUGGGUGGCAAAGUAGGACUGAAAGAUUCCAGCAAGAAGAACAGCGACGCCGUUGUCCUCCACAUCAAGAAAUUACCACGGCACCUGAUCAUCAUCGUGCCGCCCAUCUUCAGCCAGCGAUUGGUGUGCCGGUGCAUGGAGGCUUCUACUCGCGAAGUGGAGUUUUUCUGGAUCGACGAAGUGAAUCCCUCGUUCAGCGAGUUCGGCCCUCUUACGGGAGUCCUGAAGCCCGAGAAUAUCAAGGAGUCAUUGGUUUCUCCCCGCGUCAAGCACUGUCUGUCGUUGUACGGAGACGAUAACGAAAACUUGGUGCGCAUUAUCAUGGACCACUUUCUGAGGACUUGCGUAGAUGCGAAUCCGGAGGUGCAGCUGACUCCACAAGACGUGGAGCGCUCUGGAUCGGUGCGGGCCAUGCUACUGGGGUAUCAUGCAACAUCUGCGCAACGUGCGGUAUCCGCUGCAAGGCCGUGGUUGCAGCUGUGUGUCGAUGCGAAGCAACGGCUGUUGCCAGGCGACGAGGUUGCACUACACGGAGAGAAGUACGACAACGUGAUCAGUGGCAUUUUGAAAGAUUUUCCAUCAGCAACUGUGACCAGGAAUCACCUCGACAAAAGUGCUGCGGCACAUAAUUGCGACACCAGUAUGCGCCGUUUCCUCGCCUCUUGGAAUGAAUCGAUAGAGCAGAGCUUCGUUGUCUCGGACGCCCGGCGCAUGUUUCCCUUUGCGCCUGAAAUUUUGCGGGUUUUGCGGUCGUACGACGCACGAAGAGGUUUAGAGAAUCCGGAAUCUGUCGCUGACGCGUUUGCGCUCGCAUUUCCGAGCACGUCGCUAUCGCAGUUGGAGACACGUGAAAACGACGCGGAAGAAGCGCUGCCGAAGCAACUGGAGGACGCACUUGUUUUCUCCGUGGCGUAUCAAGUGUACCACAACGAAAAAUCGGCUAUGGAAGUACAGGCCGCAAAGGGUUCUUCCUUUGCUCUGCGACUCGUGGCUGGUUUGCUGCAGGGCCAGACUGAGGCGUCUUUGUGUGAAAAACUCUUUGAUGUGUACCAGUCCGAAACGAGUUUCCACCUGUUGCAGCACGUCGAGAUUUUGUCCUCUGAGCGCGAAGAAAAUGCUGCACCGCCAGCGAGAACCGUCGCACUCAAACGCGUAGAGUCCCUGGGUGCGUCCAUCGCACAGGUUUUGGAGGCUCUGCUUUUCGAGGUGAACGGAGUUACAUUUUUACUCAAUGUUGGGCGGAAUGCACUUGGUCCGUGUCGGCUCAUUCCAUCGGAAGAAGCACUGGAACACGCUUGGAACCGUCGCUCGGUACGAGAGACGCAGGAUGCAGUUGCGUCAGGCAGGGCGUCGAAGAGCGGCACGGCCGCUCUUAUGGAGCUACGCUUACUGCGAUUGUGGCGCGGACUAACGCGAUGCAUCGGGAUGGCGGUCGAAGAUGCAUACGGGGUCGCAGUGGCAGCAUUUUCGAACUUGACGGAGACGACCCCGCAAAGAAUUCUCAAAGCG